CUGUAAGCAAAAGGCUGCAGCACGGAAUCGCUUUCACCAGUGCUGCCAAGCGAGAAGCACGCCAUAUAACCUGCUCACUACUACCGAAAGGUCUGGUGUACGAUUCCUGCUCCUUUCUGGUCGUUACUCUCUCUCGUCUUCGUCUGCUUCAGAUUUCCUGCCCCUGGUUCUGCCUGUCCCUCCGUCUUCCAUUAAACCUGUAGACUCCGCAAGCAGCUACCAUCACUAGCACCAGCACCAGCAACAGCACCAGCUGUUUAUAUUGUCUACUAUCUCUGAUCCAAUUCCAGAUGCUCUCAUUGCGUGCUUUUUUUCGAGCAGUGUACUCCUCCGCUGCUGCAGCUCACUUUCACGCGCUGGCACACUCUGUUUGGAUUUGACACUGAUCUGUAGUCUGUCUCCGUUCUCUUCAUAUCCCGGUGCUUCUCCUGACGAGCUUCACCUCUGGAAAUUCUCGUUCUGUCCAGUGGUCUAUCAUUCGAAUUUGCUGGACUCAAGUCGGUUCGCGUUGCGCUCCAAUCGAAGACAUCAGAAAGCCCGUGAGCGAUUGUCGCGGACCACUCAUCGCGCCGCAUCCGGAGGAGCUUAUUUUGCAUCUGCCACGAGCUAUGGACUCUCCGAGUCGACAAGCAGUUCCGCAAUUCGGUGCGUGGAGGAUGGAUCCCAAUGCGCCUGCAGUUGAUUACUCCCAAGCUUUCGCCAGGGCCCGAGCCAGCCGAUUGGGCUCCAUGCCUCCGCACGAAGACAGCAACGAGGAGUCUUUCAAUCGAUCGACGGAGUCCAGCAGCAGCAGCGACCAUGUCCAAAACGUCGAUGGCUUACCGGUGGUCCGACAUUCAUCGAGGAGAACUUUCUUUCAAUUCUUCUUCUGUGGCUCCAGGGCACAGGCUGUGGCUUAAGGACGAUUCCCGAGCCUAUUGCAAGUCCAUGACGAAUGUACAGUAUGAUACACAAUAUCUACUAUCUCGAAGGCUCCCGGAAGUUAAAAGCAUUAGGAGAGAGAAAGAGAGAGAGAUUAACAGGAUUAAAUGAAUGUGAGACCACGAUUCUCGUUCACGAUUCUAGUCUUAGAUGGGCUAAUUUCAGACAACUUUUGCUGCCGAUUCAGGCAUAUAGCUGGCAUUCUCCUCGUCAGAUGAGUCCAGCACCGAUCCAUGUACAGAAACCACACUGGCACUUUUCGCUGGUGACUAAUAUGAAAUUUGAACUUUAACCUUUUGCCGAUCACUGAC